AUGGGAUUCGCCGGCACGAUGUUCGAAAAAUCCCUUUAUGACCUUAUAAAAGGUCUUCGGGGUCAUAAAGGAGGCGAAAAUGAAUACAUUCAAAGUUGCUUGCGUGAAUGCAAGGCCGAGAUCAAAACACAAGACAUGGACAAAAAGGCCACAGCCCUCCUGAAGCUCAUUUAUCUUGAAAUGUUUGGAUAUGACAUGUCAUGGGCAUCUUUCCACGUUCUCGAAGUCAUGUCUUCUGCCAAAUACCUCCAGAAAAGAGUCGGGUAUCUUGGAGCAGUCCAAAGCUUUCGGCCAGACACCGAAGUUCUGAUGCUAGCGACCAAUUUACUGAAGAAGGACAUUGUCACCUCCAUUAUCCCCAACAUGUCACUUCCUCUGAUUACUUUGCCCCAUAUCAUAACACCUUCCCUCGCAAUGUCCCUGCUGCCUGAUAUCCUCUCCCGACUUUCUCAUUCAAGCCCUGUCAUCCGCAAGAAAACGAUUGUGUGUCUUUAUAGACUUGCUUUGGUGUAUCCCGAAGCUCUUAAGUUGGCAUGGCCCAAGAUAAAGCACCAUCUGAUGGACGAUCAAGAAGAUGGUAGUGUCACUACGGCGGCGAUCAACGUCGUUUGUGAGCUUGGUUGGCGACGGCCUCAUGACUUCCUCCCUCUGGCCCCCCGAUUUUUUGAGCUCCUUGUCGACAGCGGCAACAAUUGGAUGGCCAUCAAAAUCAUCAAACUCUUUGCAACACUGACUCCAUUAGAACCAAGGCUAACCCGGGGGAUUCUGGAUGGAGAGGAGAACCUCCAAGAAAGGGACGAGGUCGCCACUCUUUGUGUUGGGAAAUUGCGAGGGAUGAUAGUCAUGGACAGUGACCCUAAUCUGAAAUACGUUGCGCUUCUUGCACUUAAUCGUAUCGUCGCCACGCACCCAUCAUUAGUUUCCAUGCAGCAGGACAUCAUCAUGGAUUGCCUAGAUGAUGCGGAUGUUUCUAUUCGAUUGCAGGCUUUAGAGCUUGCGGUUGGAAUCGUCAGCAGUGAUUCCCUCCAGCAAGUCGUGAAUCGUUUAAUAGAUCAGCUGCGGCAAGUUUCUGCUCCUACAACUGAAAUUGAUGAUAUGUCCGAAGCCUUUGAGAAACCCGAGACCCCAACGGUGUGGCCCAAUGACUACCAGACCGAAGUCAUUCAUCGGAUUUUAGAUUUAUGUUCCCAAAAGAACUACUCUGAAAUUGUUGACUUUGACUGGUAUGUCGCAGUCUUAAUACAACUAGUCGGACUUCUUCCACCAUCCGAGGGUGAAGAUGACUGGGUUCACCCGAAAAAACAAGAAGUCAUACCCUACAUCAGAAUGGACGCUGCGCUUCGAAUAGGAACAGAAAUCCGCAACAUUGCUGUAAGGGUAAAAGGCGUGCGGAUGGAGGCCACAAGAGCCGCCGAAUCACUCCUGCUUGUCGAAAACCGAUCGAAAUUUUUCCCUUCCAGUCAACCUAUUGGUCAUGGUGUCUUGGGCCCUCUUGCCUGGGUAGUUGGUGAAUAUGCCGAUUAUCUGCUAUCACCCAACCGGGCACUACUAUCAUUGAUUGACAUCUCUAAUGCCUCGCUCCCCCAGAGAACUCUUCCCCUCUUUUUACAAGCCAUACCAAAGGUCUUCGUUCGAGUCAGCCUAACCAACAAGCCAAAAGAUCUCUGGAAAAGUGAAAUGUCACUUUUGCUUGCCCGAGUGAUCGAGUUCCUUGAGGCAUUGGGGGCCCAUCCUGAUUUGGAUGUCCAAGAGCGAGCUAUUGAGUUUUUGGAAGUCCUCCGCCUAGCAGCCGAGGCAUUGACUUCCGAUACACCAGAAGUUCCAUUUCUUCUUGCUUCGGUCAUACCGAGUUUAUUCACGGGCCUUGAGCUCAACCCGGUUGCGGCCAGUGCCCAGAGAAAAGUUGUGUUGCCGGAUAGCCUUCGUUUGGAUGAGGCAUUUGGACAAGAUUUGCCGGGGCUUUUCCGUGAUUUGGACGGUACGUCAUUGCAUGAGCAUUCUUGGGAAACAUCGGGCUUCUACCAUGUGUCCGAAAUCUCGUAUCCCGACAAGCAGGCUCGUGACCUUGCAACGAUUGAUGUGCACUCCCAUGUCUCAUAUCAGAACUCUGCUACUGCUCCGUUGGAGCCUUCUGCUGCUGUUCAAAGAAGAAUGCUCGAGCGCAAGGAGAGAUUUAGGGAUGAUCCUUUCUACAUUGCUCCUUGCGGACCAUCGUCUGGCACAGAUACGCCAUUCCACGAAGCUUUACGUACAUCCAAUGGCGAGAUCUUGGAUAUCGACUCCAUCCCGAUUGUUGACUUGGAAUUGGGAGACGGACAAUCCAGCCAUGUUGAUGUCAGUCGUCGUCGACCUGGGAGCAGAUUGGUAGUCGCUGGCGAUGAGACCUUUGAGACCUCAAACCAGUCAACGGACGUCUCUAAGCUCGGAAUUGCUGAUAAUGACCAUAUUGCAUCUAAGCGUUCUUUGCUCCAGGUUGACUCGAGCAGCCUCGGAAAGAAGCCAUCUCUUCAGGUCUCCACGGAUGAAGGGGAGAUAGAGAUGGCUCAAGCGAUGCAAAAAAUCGAGGAGGUGCGAUUGCGCAUGCAGCGAGCAUCAGAGCGGAUUCAAUUGGAGGGGAUUCCGGCAGAAGGGACACUCGUCAAAAAGAAGAAGAAGAAGACGAGGAAGCUCGCUGAUCCAAACUUUCAGGAUGUCGGCCCCGUGGCUGAUAACUCUACGAAGGCUAAGAAGAGAAAGAAGAAGGCCAAAUCAACACCAGGCGAGACUUGA